CAGAGACAAAACAACACGGGGGAACUGCUCAUAAUUGACCGCACGCUUUUGCUAUAAAAACACAUUUUACAAGGGCCGGUUCCCUCAUGAUAAAUAGGGUCAACAACGGGGUAAGAUUCGACCAACACGGACCAAUUAAAUUCGCUAAAAUUAGUAUCAAAACAACACAUGAAUGAUGUAGCCGAUGAAAUGGAGUAUGAUGAGAGACUUGCACUUUUCCGCCAAACCCGCCUCAAUCCCUUUGAUCGGGGAGAGGAAGAAGAUGGUCCCCAAGGAGGCAAGACGCCCCCACAGCAUGAAGCAAGGCCUGAGCUGUUCUCUGGAAGCAGAACCCACAGUUCAGAUCGGACAAUGGACCUCGGUCUAGCUGAGGACCACUUCUCGAGGCCUAUGGGUUCUUUUGUAGCUUCUGACAUUGAACAGCUGAAACUAGCCAUAGAGGAGUGUAAGAAGCUGAUCUUGGAGCUGCCAGAACACUCAGAGAGGCAGAAGGACACGGUGGUCAAACUUAUACACCUUCGUCUCAAACUGCAGGAGCUUAAGGACCCUGAGGAAGAUGAGCCCAAUCUGAGGAUCCUGCUGGAGCACCGUUUCUCUAAGGAAAAGAGCAAGAGUGUCAAACAGACCUGUGACAAGUGUAGCACUAUCAUCUGGGGCCUUAUCCAGACAUGGUAUACAUGCACAGGUUGCUAUUACCGUUGCCAUAGUAAGUGUAUGAACCUGAUCACUAAGCCCUGUGUGAGGUCAAAGGUCAGCCACCAGUCUGAGUAUGAGCUCAGCAUCUGCCCUGAGAUAGGACUAGACCGGCAAGACUACCGUUGUGCAGAAUGCCGCACACCUAUUUCACUGAGGGGCGUUCCAAGUGAGGCCAGACAGUGUGACUACACAGGCCAGUAUUACUGCAGCACAUGCCACUGGAAUGACACAGCCAUUGUCCCAGCUCGUGUCAUCCACAACUGGGAGUUUGAACCACGCAAGGUUUGUCGUUCGUCAUUGCGCUACCUGGCCCUGAUGAUGUCACGGCCUGUUCUGAAGCUGAAAGAAAUCAACCCGCUGCUAUUUAACUUUGUGGAGGAACUGGUUGAGAUUAGGAAACUUCGUCAAGAUAUUCUGUUGAUGAAACCCUAUUUUAUUACCUGUAAAGAGGCAAUGGAGGCUCGGCUACUACUACAGCUACAAGAUCGGCAGCACUUUGUGGAGAAUGAUGACAUGUACUCACUACAGGAUUUGAUUGACAUCUCCAGUGGCAGACUCAGCUGUUCCCUUACAGAGAUCCACACUACAUUUGCUAAACACAUCAAACUAGACUGUGAGCGUUGUCAGGCCAAAGGAUUUGUUUGCGAGCUGUGUAAGGAGGGAGACAUCCUGUUCCCUUUUGACAGUCACACCUCAGUCUGCCACGACUGCUCUGCUGUCUUCCACAGAGAUUGUUACUAUGACAACUCCACAACUUGUCCACGAUGUGCCCGAAUGACUGAGCGCAAGCAGGACGACGUGUCAGAUGUGAAAGAUGCAUAACUUUAGAGAGGACCACAUGAUGUUACUGGAUGUUGCACUUUUCCUCAUGUUGUUUUCGACACGAUCAAGAAGGUCUGAGAGAGAAGGCUAGCUUUUCAUCGUUGUCUUUGUUUGUUUGUUUUUUUUUGUGCAUAUGUUUAUACAGUAGUGUUUUUAUCUUCCUGUGCACUACAUUAUGAAGCAGGGUAUUUAGAAACCCAUGUGGAAAUUAAUAUAUAUAUAUAUUUUUUUUAUCAAACUUUUUAAUUCACACUAAAAUUGGAUUUACUGAACACUGUGCAGGUGUGAGGUAUUCACAUUAGAGUGUGUGGCUUGUAUAAAUGUACAAAAUAAAUGCCCUGCAGAGAAAAGCUACCCUGUAAUUGGGUGAUUAUGCAUGCAGGAGUUGUAUAUUAAUUGUUCCUGCUCAGAACACACAAGUAACCAUGUACUGAGCAGUCAUUUCCAAGUUUAUUAGGUCAUAUAAGUUAAUAUUAAACAACUAAAAUGCUUAGUGUUUAAUUAGGUUACAAUAAGGAGUGAGUUAAAUCUGUUAGACUACGUGAUCAUAAUCACUGUAACUUCUUUUUCCAUCAUCAGUGUAUUUCACAACUACUAUCUCUAAAGCCAUCCAUACUUGUCCUCCACUCGUUUAACAUGCCUGUUUUCCUUUUGUGUUGAUCUGUUUCACACGGUCUUAAAAACAUUUCUAGGCCUUAAAGCAAUAUUUCUUUUUCAGCAUCCUAUUUGCCCCUUUUCACACAGUAUAGGCCUGCUCUGAGUUUAUUCAUUUUUCAAUUAGCCACCCUGGAUACUGGAAAAAAGUCUAUGGCUUGUAAUUGUUUGACAAGAAAGAUGUAUAUACAAUCAUUAAAACCAUAGCAACCAUGGCAACAGACACAUAAUUAAAGCAUGUAUUACCAGUAAAUUUUCUUGUAAGGAGAACUGAUGAAGAAAAGGAAUAUUGGAGUUAAAUGUUUUUCCUUUUAUUCAAAACUGUGAACUCAUUUCAGACAGUUUGAUCUGUGUUUAAUCUGGUUCAGUUUAGUGCAGUGUGUAUUAAAUAGAUGUGAAUACUCAUGAACAUUGUGUGCCUAAGAUUGUCAGGUAAUAUACAGCUGUUAUCCAAACGUCUUAAUACACUUGACCAUCAUGUUAAUGGUUUUCAGUCUUAAAGUACCUAUAGCACAUUUUGUCCAGCCAGAGAUGACAAAUAUGUUAAGUGGCACCUUUGGUAAUGUGUAAAUGUUGACCUAAAAUAAUUGUUUUAAAUGACUUUUGGCUGUGAUAUCUUUCAGCAUGAUGUACUGUAUUUUUUUUUUUUUUAAACUAAUGGACAUACUGUACAUGGUGUUGGUGAAACCCAUGUCCUGUUGUAAAGGCAUGUGGAGUGGAGCAUGAAUAAAGUAAUCAAGUACA